UCCUCUCUCAUGGGUCUUGAGAGCGGGACAUAAGAUUGCCGAGUGGCAAAGGAAGGGAUCAGAAGCUGUGCAGCAGGCGAGCGGGAGUGUCGGACUGUGGGCGCCGCCGCUAUCAACAGUUCAGCUGGGCCGUCAGGGAGAGUAGCCGGGCCGCCAGGCUGACGCAGGCGGCAGAUGGCACGAUGCGACACAGUGGCGGUGGACAGCAAGGGAUGGCCAACAAGGCGACUGGCGGACUGGUGGCGUCUCUGCGGCUUGCGGACUUCACAAAGAAGUAGACGGAUACCGUUUCACUUUGUUUGGGGUUUCUGGAAUCAGCGUACAAGUGAAUCUAAAAUUCUGCAGGGCCCUCACCAUCAACGUUAGAUGAACUGUCCAUGUCCGCCGAAGAACUCUAAGCCAGAAGUCCCUAUUUCUGUUGUUGCAUUUUCUGAACUGGAUUUAGGAGCUUGAGUUCACCGAGGGAAGAACUCAAAGCCUAAUGACCUUGAUUCAUUCUUUCUAGAGGAGAUGGAUGCUUAUGAGUGGUGAACCGAUCAGCUAGACAAUUGUAUGGUUGAUACUGCGAACGGUUAACAGCCUCUCGCCAUGAAAUGUCCAUCACGAGCAGAAGUUCAAUCUGCCCACCAGGUGCUCACUCGCUUGCGAGUGUUCCAGCCUUCCUGGAAUCAAAGCUUCUCGCGUAUGAAGAGGAUAGGACUACCCCGUGCUCGAUGUUGAGAUAUAAGCGUGUAGCUGCCCGGAAGUUGACUGAGUUCCUUGUAUUUAGAAUCAGGGAUGAUCCCUCGUUUGAUGAUAUUUUUCAACAUAUGGAACCUGCUGCUAUGAUGAGGAGUGCCUCGAGUAUUUUAAUAGGCUACUGGGCGAAUGAAGAAGCGAUUCUUCCAUUGGUUUAUGCAAUGGGAGCUCGUGCUUUUGGAGUGAAGAGAUUUGGCUCAGGAGAGGCUUGUAUUAGUAAUGUAAAGGAAAAGGAACAUGAUCUUGUCCCUGGAGAAGAGAGACCUGUGAAUAAAAUUUGCAUGGAGUCUCCAUCUUGCACUAUCAUUGCUGACCUUUCUCAAUUUCCAGAAGCAGUUCUCCUGGCGGAAGAACUCCUGGAAUCUCUGAAGGAUGCUGUUCCGUUAAGACUCCCCCCAUAUCUCCACUAUCUUGAAAGGCAUAGAUCUGCAGCACUAGGAUUUUGGUUUGCUCCUGUCAUCAUCCUGCACCUAAUUAAGGAAUUGAAAGAGGGGAGCCUUGAGUAUUUUAUUCGGAUACUGGAGUGAUAGUGACGUAUCUAUGCUGGUUCCAAUGUUAAUUUCUCUAAAAAAUAGAAACGAGGCAUUUGGUGAUGUUGACUUAAUGGAAGAGAAUGUUGAAUAUCUAUAUUAUUUUAUUCGGAUACUGGAGUGAUAGUGACGUAUCUAUGCUGGUUCCAAUGUUAAUUUCUCUAAAAAAUAGUAACGAGGCAUUUGGUGAUGUUGACUUAAUGUGGAGGAUUUGAAGAAUGUGCUAGCUGAUAACUACUUUGAAGAUUCGGUGGAGUAUACAGAUCUAUUUGUAAAGGCAUCAAUGCAUCAUAAAAUGAUGACCACCCGCAAGAGAAAAGGGUGUUCCAUGCACGGAGCGGCGAUAAACAGAGGGUAAUCGAAGGGACUAGGAUUGUGGAGGCGGAUGCAAUAACAAGUGUGUUCGCUUCAAAGGUAUUUGCUUCAUAAUAAAAUCAUAAUAGCAAUACUGUGUAGUGAGUAUCAUUAUCAAAUCAAAUGAUAAAAACUCUUUCCUUUUGGAGAUGUUUUCGCCAGAACGAUGGUUAAUUGCUUUUUUCGUUAAUUGGGAUUGUUUCAGCUUCUUCCAAAAAUCCCAACGUAUAGUUUACUGUACAUACUAAAGCUAGAUAGAUCCGUACACAUAUCAAACCUCGAGUGUUUUACAAUAUCCUGAGAUUUGGUUCAGCACAUUUACUAACAAACAAACAAAACUCUUUUCAUUCUCCAAUUGCGUGUAAGGCCAACAAUGAUGGUUGCCUUAUGAAUAAAUCCAACAAUUUUUUUACAUUGACCAGUAUAGUAGCAGGAGAAUCUUGAAGCAAGCCAUAUGAUGUUGGUUCAUCUCCAAUUGUAAGCAAAUCAUCCCCAUUUUCAUAUAUCUUUCUUUUCUCCCUUCAGAGCUUUAAGGAAAACACUUGUACAAAGCUUUAGCCUGUGGACUCGAAUCUUCUUUUCCUCUAGAAGCACAAAGAACAACAAUUACAGUAUAAGAGGAAGGAAUCAAUUGCUAUUGUCAAUUUAUUUACCUGGAGCUGCAUAAUACUCUAAGCCAUUACGAAACAACCCCAUCAAAACCAUGCAUGAAACAUAUAUACAUAUUUAUAGAGUAGUAAAAACAUAAAACUAAUUCCAACAAAAUUACCUGAUCUAUUUCAACCUUGAGCUUUCACCUGUUAUAAAAAAUUAUAUAAAUUAAUUUAUGAUGCUUAGUAAAAUAUAAUACGAAUUAGUUGUAAUUACAAAAAUAUAUACCUCGAUAUCUUGUCGUUUUUUGACCUCCUUCCUUUUUUGGAUUUGAUUUCCCCCUAGAACUUCUUUCGUCAUCGGUCUCAGACCGUUCCUGCUUAAUGAUCCCAACAUACUCUUGUACGUCUCCAAUUGUAGCAAACAACAUAUUUUCUGCUCCAACUUUUAUGUUGUAAUUCGCACUUUUAAAUUCAAACUAUCUCUUACUCCUGAUAUGCUUCCCUCUUUGCUAUUUUGAAUAAUAAUCCGACAUUUUGUUCCAUUUAUCGACCACAGUAUCCAUCCAAAACUUAUCACGGUCUGUUAGAACCAUGUUAAUACCUCAGAAACACCCCCACUUUCCUCCAAUUGUGUAUAAUGUGCUCUCUAAUCGAAUUUGAUCUCGUUGCUUCGCAAAAAAUCAUUAUGAUUAUGAUGAGACUGGCUGCUAUCUUUUUUCGAUGCAUACUUAAAUCUACAUUCAUUUUUAGCAUUGAUAAAAAAACUAUCAAGUUGAUAACAUCAUUCUUUGCUUUUGGAAUCUCAUCCAGUGAAGCAAUAUUGGAUGCACUUAGUAAACUCCUGUGAGAAAUCGUUAUUGGCAGUGCACUAGAAUCACCUAUGUCAAUUUGGCUCUCUCCUAGGUUAAACCAAUCCCUAGCACUAUUUCUAAUACCAAUCAAGUAGAUGUCGUGAUAAACUUACCCAUACAAUUGUAUUCUCUUGUAUUCUGUUCACAAGAAAAGUUCACAUGUAUUUAUUUUCAUUUUUUUUUUCAUUUGCAAGAGGUUUAAGGAGUACAUUUAUAUUGACAAUUCUCCUUCCAACCUCUAAGAUAUCUCGCCAAUCAGUUACAAAAGCACCACAACCUUCUGUAGCACGGGAAACAUCAAAAGUAGACUCUUGCUCAAAAGAAUUUGGAUUAUUGAGAUUCUGCGAAUAAUCUCAUUUCAAUUUAAACUAAAUCAGUGCACUAACAACAUUAAACUUUCACCAAUUACCUUAUUGUGAAUACAUUUUAUAUGUGUGGGCAACACUUUGAAAUACACGUAUAUAUAGUGGAAAACCGUACGAUUCAGUUGAGUCCUUUGCCUUUAGGUCCAACAAAAAAAAAUUUCAAAAUUCGGGUCCAAAAGUCAUAAAAAAGGUCAAACAUGACAUUUUGGGGCUGAGGAGAGUGGGAGAGGGUUUGGUAUACUUUCUAAUAAAUUACAAAAGUCUAACAAAUAUUACUACACAAAGUUUCAUACCAAUUAAAAACUGCAUGAAUGAAUGAUUUUCCUAAGAGCAUAAUAAAUUAGAAUAAAAUCCUGAAAGUUGGAAGGAACACUUUCCUUAUUUCUUGAAAGUGUGGAACAAUUCAAAAUUAUAUAUGAACAAACACACACAUAUAGGCAGGCACGUACUAAAUUACUAAUCAAUAUACCUCUUGUUUAUGAUCCAUUUUCUUGGUCAACAGAUGUAACAUGUCAGACAAUAUAAUGUAAAAAAAAGAAUGCUGAUUAAACAUGCUUCAAAUUGAAUAAAUUUGUUUUUAUUUAUAAAAACUAUACAACUUGUACUCCAGGCUUUGACAAGAAAACUAAUAACAGUGUAGGCAAAAUACUAGGUUUGUACUUUGUAGUGAAUGUUUUAACCAUCUGAUGCACGUUUUAUUAGUAAACUAAUGUUGAGUAACUCUGUCUCUGUUUUCAUGUUAUAGGAAAAUGCUUUGUAGUGAAUAUUUUAACCAUCUGAUUCUACUGAUUUAUGAAAAAAUUAUAUUUAAAAUACUUGUUGUUAAUAAAUAAAAUAAAAAAAUAUAUGAAAAAGGAGCUAAAAUGAUACUUUACAGUAACUUCAGCCAAUACAGCCAGAAAAGUAACUUCAACUUUACUUUUUCUUAUUAUUACGCAAUUCAGCACUGAUUUAGUUUAUGAUCCAAUCACGAAAAGGUAAUUGGAAUGAGAUUAUUUGCAGAAUCUCAAUGAUAAAAAAUUCUUUUAAACAAGAGUCUACUUUUGAUACCACCCGUGCUACAGAAGGUUAUGAUGCUUUUGUAACUGGUUGGCGAGAUACCUUAGGGGUUGGAAGGAGAAUUGUCAAUAUAAAUGUACUUUCUAAACCUCCUGCAAAUGAAAAAAAUGCAAAUACAUACAUGUGAACUUUUCUUGUUAACAAAAUGCAAGAUAAUACAAUUGUGUGGGUAAGUUUUAAUACUACGACCGGUACUUGAUCGGUAUUAAGAAUAGUGUUGGGGAUUGGUUUAGCCUAGGAGAAAGCCAAGUUGACACAUGUGACUCACUGCACUACCAAUAACGGUUUCUCAUGAAAGUUUACUAAGUGCAUUCAAAAUUGCUUCAUUGGAUGAGGUUCCAAAAGCAGAGAAUGAUGUUAUCAACGCGAUAGUUUUUUUAAUCAAAACUAAAAACGAAUGUAGAUUGAAGUAUGCAUCGAAAAAAGAUAGUAGCCAGUCUCAUCAUAAUCAUCAUGGUUUUUGCAAAGCAACCAGAUCAAAUUCAAUUAGAGGACAUAUUAUGCACAAUUAAGAGGAAAGUGGGGGUGUUUCGGAGGUAUUUAAAGACAUGGGUUCUAAGUGACCGUGAUAAGCUUUGGAUGGAUACUUUGGUCGAUAAAUGAAACAAAAUAUCAGAGAUUCUUAUUCAAAAUAGUAAAGAGUGGAGCAUACCAGGAGUAAGAGAGUUUGAAUUUAAAAAUGCUAUGUUACAACAUAAAAGUUGGAGCAGAAAAUAGGUUGCUUGCUCCAGUUGGAGACGUACAAAGGGAAAUUGAGAUCAUUAAGCUGGAACGGUUCGAGGCCGAUGGAAAAAGCAGUUCUAGAGGGAAAUCAAAUAAAAAAAAGAGAUAAAAAAACUGCAAGAUAUCAAGGUAUAUAUUUUUCAAAUUUUGUAAUUACAACCACUUCGUAUUAUAUUUUACUAAGCACCGUAAACUAAUUUCUAUCAUUUUUUAAUAGGUAAAAGCUCAAGGGUGAAAUAGAUCGGGUAGUUUUUCUAGGAAUUAGUUGUGUUUUUCCUCUACAGUAAUGUAUAUUUGUUUCAUGCAUGGUUUUGAUGGGGUUGUUUCGUAAUGACUUAGAAUAUUUUGCAGCUCCAGUUGACUAAAUUGGCAAUAGUCAUUGAUUACUUCCUCUUAUACUGUAAUUGUUUUUUGUGUGCUCUAGAGGAAAAAAAGAUUUGAGUCCACAUGCUGAAGCUUUGGCUUACAAUAAAUCGUUCUGGCGAAAACAUGUCCAAAAAGAAAGAGUUUUUAUCUUUUGAUAAUGAUACUAACUUCACACUAUUGCUAUUAUGAUCUUAUUAUGAAGCAAAUACCUUUGAAGUUUCACCCAGAAGCGAACACACUUGUUAUUGCAUCAACCUGCACAAUCCCAGCCCCUUCGAUUACCCGAUGCUUAUCGUCGUUCUCCGCAAGGAACGACCCUUUUUUCUUGUGGGUGGUCAUCAUUGUAUGAUGCCUUUAAAUAUAUAAAGCAUGCGGGUCAUUGUUUAUCCAUCCACAAAUGUAGGCACAUUUGUUCCAACUUCAGGAGUUUGUAGGCAAAAAUCAUAAGGCACAAAAUGCUAAUUCAUAGUGGGUCUACAAAAAAUAACUUUAGUUGAAUCGAUUUUAUUUUUCCUAUAACCGAAGUGUCGAAGAAAUUGACUCUCUCCUACCGGUAGGAAAAGGGGCUACAAGGGUAAAAUAAAUCUUGCAGCUGACUGUACCGUGCGCACAGUUCGGGCUUUUUGUUCGUUGUGUACUGCGCGUUGUCCCUCGGAUCUCCGCCUCCACCUUGAAUCUCAUCUCUUCCUUGCCGAUGGCCUUCGCUCGUCUCUUGGAUCUGCGCUAGGCAUGGACUCGGGCCGGGCCUAGGCCCGGUCAGGCCGCCGGUUUGUAACUCAUGGCCCCGGGACCGGCCCGAGGUUUGGACGGGUCCGGUUCAGGCCGGGCCACCCGCCCGGGUCACGGGUCGGGUCACCCGCCAGGCCGGGCCGGUUAAAACCAAUUUUUUUUUAUAAUUUAUACUUUAUAGUUUAUACAAGUAUUAAAAACAAACUUCAAGUGCAUUUAUUUGAAAUGAAAUAGGAACUACAUUUAAAAAUUAAGAGAAACAUAUAAUAUGAAAUACAUUUUGUAAAUUGUAAUCAAUCGGAACUUCCCGCACCUCCCGAUCCUUUGGUUUUGUCACAUGACCUAAUAUGCUUCAUUGACAUCCUGAUCUGCCUGGAACCCCCAUGCUACACUUUUUCCCGCAUCAUUUGCAAGUUGCGUAUCACAUCCCGAUCCUCGGGUCCUGCUUAUCAAAAUUAUACCGUAUAACGGUAUAUUGACUUUCCAUCUUAAAAAUGGUAGAUAUAAUAAUUCUACAAUAGAUGGAGAUGAAGAUGGAGAAUGAAGAUUAGAGAUUGGAUGUUGGAGAAGAUGUGUAUAAAAAUGUUAGAAAAUAAGAGUAUUUAUAGAAUUUUUUGUACCCCCACCUCCCACCCUCAACGGCUCUAUGCCUCUAUUGAUUCAAAUUUCGAACAACCAAACUACCAAAGUGGCUAUAUAGCCGUUUGGGGCUUUUGAUUUCAAUUUUUUUUGUAUGUUUUAGUUUGAGUAAAUUACAUAAUGUAAAAUUAAUUGAUUAAUUUUAUGAAUUCAGUAAAAAAUGCUACAUAUAAAAAAAUGAACGGCUAUAUAGCCGUUUGGGUUGUCCCCAGCCCACCCCAACGGUCAUCUUUGGCCCAAAAGAUUUUUUUUUUAAAUAUAGCCGUCGUGACCCGGACCCGGGCUUGACCCGGCCGGGCUGGGUCACAUUUUGCAUGAACCGAGCCCGCCCUCGCUUCCCCCACUGGUUCGGGUUCACACUCGGUCCCGGACCGCCAGUCCGGGCCGGUCCAGGGCCCGCACAGUAGUGGGACGGGCUGGGUCACGGGCCGGGUGGCCUGAACCGAGUCCAUCCCUAAUCUGCGCACGACGAUGGAGGCUAUGGAUGGGUUGCGCAGAUGCAGUGAAGAUUGCUUCGCUCUGGAGGCUAUGGAUGGAUGGAUUGCGUAGAUGCAGCGAAGAUAGGUUUUGCGCGCUCUGUUCCCUCUUUCCUUUCCUCUUUCUAUUUCUCUUACACUUAUUUUUGAGUUUGGUAGCUUUUGGGUUAGGGGAAACCUAAGUUGUACGUGGUUUUAAAGAUAUGAGCAUACAUAAAUAAAAUUUUGAGUAUGGUAGAGAUUUUAAAUGGGUCUAAAAGAAAUGAGUAUACGCCUAAAAGAAAUGAACUCACACAAAUUAAUAUUGAAUACAUUGAAAAUGAGUUUUAUGUUAAACUGAAAUGAGUAUAAAACCCAAAAUGAAUGAGCAUACACUAAUGAACUUUCAAUUUUUUUUUAUACUCAUUUUGUGUUUAAGUAUGCUCAUUUGGUAUUGCUUUACGCUCAUUUGAAAAUGUCACACAUUUCAAAUGUAUCAUACUACAUUAUGUUUUACUCAAGUGAGUAUAAGUCCAAAAUGAAUGAGCAUACAUAAAUGAGCUUUUGAAUUUUUGAUACUCAUUUUGUAAGUUACGUAUUGCAAAUUUUAUAAUAUUGCAAAUUUCAAACUAUCAUACUAUAUUAGAUUCACAUAUUAAAAUUAAUUGGAAAUGAUAUAAACAUAAUUUAAGAGUUUUUUAUAUACGAAAAGAAUCAUAAAAAGAAAGCGAAUUCAAAGAUAUGAAGCAGAGAACAUUGAUGCUCAUUUUUUGACUCCAAAUACUCAAAAGAACAGGCCUGAUGAUCAACGAAAUUGCGUUGAUGCUCAUUCAAGAAAAACCGUGUUUUUUACCAAAAUUACAAACAUGCCAUCAGUUAUACGGCUGGAGUGUUUCCCGUUCAACUCCAAGAAAAGACUAGAAAUAGAACAUCAUUUUCUUUUCAUCAGUGUAUUAUCUGUUAAAACAAACAAGUAAAAAAAAAUUAAAUUUUUAAUUUAUUUUAGCAUCAGAUAUUUUUUCUCUCUUUUAACUCUCUUCUAUCUAACGUGUUCGCGGUUUAAGGUUCAAUCGGAAUUAGAAUCAGAAUGGCCCGUUUUUUAACCAAUAUACCAUGAGGUUUAGAUCGAGAAGUUCACUAGUCCAAAUCGGUCCUUUGAAAUUUUGGAACGAAAACUACCGGUUACGGUUCAGCAGAAUCAGAUGGUUCUGAUUUGGAACCGUUUUUUUAUUAAAUAAAUAAGUAAAUAAAUAAAUAAUUAAAAAUAAUAAUUUUAAUAGUAGUUGUUGUAGUAAUUGUCCUAACAAUAAAAAUAAUAAAUCAGUCUUCACAAUUUAUAACUAAUAAAUUGUGAUUAUUAGUUAGUAAUUUUUAAUUAUUACUGGUUAUAAGUCUUAAAUGUCACAAAUUAGAGUUAUAAAAAUACAUAAUUUAAGAAUCACUAAAGUAAUUUAAAAUUACUAACUUCUCAACUUGUACUAGAAUUUGGUGAAUUAGCCCAUAUGAUUUAAAUAGUGCGUCAAACUCCUCCGUGUUAUCAUUACGGAUGCACAAAACCCACUCUAAGAACAUAUUUUACAAUUUUAAAAUAUUUUUCUUAAGAAAAUAAUAUGAUUGAAUAUGCAAGUAACUUUGUCAAGAUUUCUAAAUUAUACAAAAAUAUUAAUUAUUUUCAUUUAUUUGGAAAUUAAUAUAAAUUUGUUCAUUAAAGGAGUUUUUGCGCGUUAAUAACCACUCCUAUAACACAAGGGGGUUUGUCGCUUUUCUUAAAUCAGAGGGAGUUAAUGUAUCGAAUUUAUAUUUCACGAGUGAGUUUGGUGUAUUAAACUCCACACAAUGUUUAGUACUUUUUGUGUGCUACUAUGUGACACUUUCUUUCUUUCUUGUGUUGAAUAUUAUCACACAGGAGUAAAAUAGUGUCAAAGUAAGACUUACGAGUAUUUUUUUAAUUCCUAAAAUAUAAGUAAUUAUUUGUGAUUGGAUAAAAACACUCUUAUAGUGGGUCGAGUUUGGUCACUGGGUUGGCACCGCUAAUUGCUAGAUCAGUGGCCACAUCGGGCCGCCGCCGGGCACCAUACCAGUGGCCACACCCGUCCGCCGCCGUCGGACUACCUUGGCUAUGAUGGGUGAACUAGGGGGAAAUUGAUUAUUUUAAGGAUAUAAAUCUAAUGUUUAGGCCUAUUUAGAGGAUACAAAAACAUGGAUUCCUAUUUAGAAACUUUAAUCAUGUUUCUAAAUAGGAAUUGUAAGUUAAUGUCAUAUACUACGAUUGACACUAAUUAUAAGUUAAUGCCUCCCGAUAAAUGGGUAAAUGACACAUUUCCUUCCGAAUUGAUUUGUGUACUUCAAAUCUCGAUUUUGCUGGCUAUUAAUAUAUUCAAAUUUGUUUAUACAGUUAUAUAUUUUAGAAUGUUAGAUUAAAAACAUAAACGUCUUGUUUUUAAAUUUGUGCAAUUCUAGAUUAGAUUAUUUAUUCGAACUAGUAACAUGUUCAAUACAAGUACUACUCCCUCCGUCCCUAUUUACUUAGCCAAACUUGACUUUUCAAAUCAACGACGUCUAACUUUGAUCGAUUAUAUGUUUAUAUAGAGAAAGUAUUGAUAAUAUGAAAAUGAUAUGAAAAUGUUCUUUGUUAAAAACACUAUCAUAAAAGUAUAAAAUUAUUAAAUUUUGCAUAAAUAUAUUAGCUUAAAUAUUUGGUCAAAGUUAGAGGCCGUUGACUUGAAAAGUCAAGUUUGGCUAAGUACAUUGGGACGGGUAGUAGUAAACUUGUUAUACGUAGAUCAUUGUAUCUUCAUAUUUCAGUAUAUGAUUUCUACUUUUUUAUUGUUGCUGAUUUGAGAUGCAUUUGAUUUCCCAAAGCCCAAUCUGAUAUUUUCCCUGAUGAUUAUAUUGACUAAUAACUUAUCAGGAAAAGAAAAUUCAUCUUGUCUCCGGAGAAGAGAGAUCUAUGAAUGAAAUGUGCAUGGAGUCUCCAUCUUGCUCUACUGCUCUGAUAAUAUGGAAGAAACAGACUAUUCGUAUUAUGCAUACACUUAUAAUUUUUUUUCCCAAAAAAAGGAGAUGAGGUCUUAUUAGUAGAUCUUGAGUAGUUAGUCUUAUUCUGGCAAUAGUUUGUUUUUUUCCCCACAUGGUCACAUCACAAUAUCAAAUAUUACCGUUGACAAUAUCUUUAAGGCACAGGCAUUUUUGUCGUCUCUUUCACACCGUUUAUUGGAAUUAUUUUUCAUGAAUUAGGGAUUUAUUUUCAUGCAUACCAUGCACAUUCCUGCAUUUGAAGAUUCUCUUAGGGAGUAUAUUAUACAGUACCAAAUUGACAUGUCAGUUUUUAUCAUUUUUAUAUAGGGAUAAGGCUCAAAUUAGACACUAUGGUUUCAUCAGAAUCUCAUAUUGGACAUUAAGGUUUCAAAUGGACCAAAUUAGACACUAUGGUUUCAUAUGUAUCUCAUAUUUGACACUAAAGUUUCAUAAUUCAAUAUAAGUGAGUGUCCCAUUUGAUCUUUAUCCAAUAUAAGUGAGUGUCCAAAAACUAUGAAUUGUGAAACUUUAGUAUCCAAUAUACCUGCUGAAAGUUACAAACUAUUUUUGAUUUCACACAUUAAAAUUACUAAUGAUUAAUUAAAAUAAUAAUAAUAAUAAUAUGAUGAAGACUUGAUCUGCAGACUGCUUUUUGUUCCUUCUGAGCCACGCCCUCAUGGACCUCAUGGAUUCUCAUGAUGUAUAAAAUGGCAUAAUUAUAAAACAAAUACUCCCCGUGUCGUGCUACUUUGUGCUUCAUAUGGCUACAGACCUCAUAUUUUUAUGUUUUCCCAUGUAUUUGUUUCAUUGUGAUAUGCCGUUUUAAAAUAUUUAAGUCUUGAUGGGUUCGCCCGGUCAACCAAGACUGGCCCCGAGAUGCCAGUUCGGCCAUUCGGGGACCAGACCGGUCCAUCCCUAAAGUCAACGAGGAGAUUAAGUUUCUUUAUAAAAAUAACCAAAAUUAAUACCAUGAAAUACAAAGCAUGUAAAGUAAGCAAUUAUGUUUGGAUGUUCAACCAUUUGAUUCAUGGUUAUCAUCACAGGGAAGCAUACAAUUACUUCUCUGGGCAGAAGAGUAGUAAUGGGAUUCAAGUUCUUUAAGGGUAGCAGCAGCCUCCUCUCCAACCCCAGCUAAUACCCGGUCAGUCUUCUCGGCAAGUUGGUUGAAUUCUUCAGUUCUUUGCUCCACAUGGUCGUUUAAGGAAGCAAAUCCAGAAAAGAUGGCUGUUUGUUUCAACUCCGAAACCAACUUUAGCAACGAGUCAGCUGCCUGAACCUGUGUUUAUUCAUUGAAGAGAUCUAGAACAACCACAUGAAUAUUUGAACAACAAAGAAGAAAAUCCACUCAAACCAAGCAGGGUUUAUAUUGUGCCUACAAAACUUCAACUAUGCAAAAAAACUUGAUCUGGGAAGAACUAGAUUCUCACCCGUGCAAUGCACGAGAUUUUUUUAGUAACUAUGUAUUAUGUAUUAUUAUUUGCUUAAGAUAAUAAUAAUAGUACAUGAUAGUUUUGAAACAAAUGCAAUGUGUAAAUGCAUUGAAAGAAAGUUUAAUAAAUAUUAAGAAUUUAUAAACUAGAAGAGUCAAAUCAUAAUGUUGAUGGUAAAAGGACGGACGGUAGUCAAUAUUACAAUCAUAACGUAUUAUCAAUUUAUCAUAAAUA